AGUUAUUAGUAUAGGGGGAACUGGAUAAAACCAGUAUGCUGUUGGCGGUGCUGUUCUCGCUUUGCUUGAUUGGCGUUCAAGCUAACGAUGCCUACAAGAGAGUAUGUUACUACACAAACUGGUCGCAAUAUCAGGUGAAAUUCUUCCCGGAGAAUAUCGACACUUCCCUCUGUACGCAUCUCAUCUACUCGUUUGCCAGUAUGGAGGGCAACAGACUCAAAGCUUAUGAAUGGAAUGAUGAAAGCACGGCAUGGAGCAAAGGAAUGUAUGAACGGUUCAAUGACUUAAAGAAAAAACAGAGGGGAUUGAAGACAUUAUUGGCGGUAGGUGGCUGGAACUUUGGAACAGCAAAGAUGACUGCCAUGUUGGCUACAAAGUCAAACAGAGAGGAAUUUACACGCCAUGUCAUUGAGUUCACUCGCAAACAUGGAUUUGAUGGGUUUGACUUGGAUUUCGAGUAUCCUGGAUCUCGCGGAAGUCCACCAGAGGACAAGCAGAGAUUUACACUUUUAGUUAAUGAAAUGCGUCGAGAGUUCCAGCACGAAGCGGUUCGAACUGGUCGAGAACGUUUGUUACUAACCGCUGCUGUGGCGGCGGGGAAGAGUAACAUCGAUAGGGGCUACGAGGUCGAGAAAAUAUCUAGGGAUCUCGAUUUUAUCAAUCUGAUGUCAUACGAUCUUCAUGGCAGUUGGGAAGAUGUCACUGGCCACAAUGCCCCUCUUUACCCACGCAGUAACGAGGUUGGGGAUGAGAGAAAUCUCAACGUGGCAUGGGCAGCUAACUAUUGGGUUGCACUAGGUGCACCAAAGAGUAAGAUGGUCAUUGGUAUGCCUCUCUAUGGACGAGGUUUCACCCUCAGAAGCAGAGCAGGAGGCAGCCGAAUGAAGGCAGCAGCAGUAGAGGAUCCAACCCUGGAUCAAAUACCAAAGAAGCGGGAUACCUUGCAUAUUAUGAGCUGUGUUCCACGAUAG